AAUGGGCGGAGACUUUUCCCUUCCACUUUGUGCAGUCACUUAGCAAAUAAUCAUAUUUCGUUUAAUUGAUCAUCAAUUCUGUUUGUCACAUUUGACUUCAUUCAUUUGAAUUGAUUAAAUGUGGCCUUUCUUUACUUGUUAACUUGUUUGGAAUUCUCAUUGAAUGUCAUACAAAUAUAUAUAUUAUUAUAUGAUCUAUAAUUAUAUAUAUAUGUUCUGUUUAUAUGACCCUGUAUUACAUAAAUAGUGCUGGGAGUAGCUAAUUUUAUGUGAGAAGAUGCAAUUUAAUCGCAAUGUGAUAUAAUAAUUGUCAUCCAUUACAUUGAUGGGUGGGGGGAGAGUGGUGUUGGCCUCACAGUUCUGAGGUCGUGGGUUCAAAUCCCUGCCCCCGCCUGUGUGGAGUUUGCAUGUUCUCCCUGUGGCUUUUCUCCUCAGACAUCCCAAAAACAUCCAACAUUAAUUGGAGACUCCAAAUUGCCCCGAGGUGCGAUUGUGUGCAUGACUGUUGUCUGUCUCCACGUGCGUGCAAUUGGCUGGCGACCAGUUCAAGGUGUACCCCGCCUCCUGGCCGAUGACGCCUCUCCCGUGACCCUUGUGAGGAUAAGUGGCUAAGAAAAUGGAUGCCUGGAUACAUUGAUGCUAGAAAAUGUGGAAUUAAAUUGUCCUUAAUUACAAUUGUAGUUAAGUCUAGCAAAAGCUCAGAUCAUUUCACAGGAAAGCAAUUAGUUCUUUCAAUCGACCGGAUCAGGGUGUACGCCGCCUUUCGCCCGAAUUUAGCUGGGAUAUGCUCCACAACUCCGUGACCCUUGUGAGGAUAAGCGGCUUGGAAUAUGAACACGGACCUUGAGAAGCUCAUUGAAAUAGUUGCAUUUCAAAAGGCCACCGUGACGACAGACACGCAACAUGUGUGAGGUGGUUUGUCGGAAAAGGAGAUGAUGGAGAAGCUUUCGGGAUUUUCCUGGCGUGAAUUGCAUCCCACAUGAGGUUGAGCACACGUGCACGUUUGCGGCCAAAAAGAAACUUUUGGUUCGGCGUUGAGAAAAAGUCAACAUGUCUCCUGCUGACUCCACUUGAGGCUGACAACAUAUUUCCUGUUGUCCAAAAUCCAAAAACCACCACAGACUCCAAGCGGAUCUUGAGAAUUGGUUGGCCCCCGUCCGUGGAUGAGCACAUCUGCCUUUCAGUUCUGAGGAAUGGCGUUCAAAUCCCGCUCCUGGCUGUAUGGUGUCUCCACGUUUCUCCAGGCACAGGGAUGUGCUUAGCAAAACCACUUGGUCUACCUCUCCCGGCGGAAUCCCGAGGUGUUCCCGGCCCAAGUCCGGAGCGCCUCGCAAGGGAGGCGUCCGGGUUAGCCGAUAGUCAUCGAGCGCCCCGACUUAGCUCCAAGGAUCAUUGGGACAUCCAAACCCCUCCACAUGAUAAGGAUCAGUGCCUCAGUGCCCAAGGCUGGACCCGGCGCUACCACAAGGGAGGGGUCGCCGUGUGGUGCUGUCCCGAUGACGGGGACAACAGCGUCCAGAAGAUUAAGAUGAAAAUCGUGUGUAAGGACGUGAGGGCUGAGACACUGUACGACGUCUUACACGACACAAACUACCGCAAGAAGUGGGACAGCAACAUGAUGGACACGUACGACAUCGGCCGGCUGACUGUCAACGCUGACGUCGGCUAUUACUCCUGGAGGUGUCCCAGUCCACUGAAGAAUCGAGACUUUGUGACGUUGAGGUCAUGGCUUCCGCUUGGCAACGACUUCCUGAUCAUCAACUACUCGGUCAAACACGCACAACAUCCUCCAAAGAAGGACUUUGUCCGCGCCGUCUCUCUGCUCACCGGGUACUUCAUCCAGUCCGACGGAGCUGACAGCUCAUCUCUGUACUACCUCAGCCACCUGGACCCGAGAGGUUCUUUACCAAAGUGGGUGGUGAACAGAGUCGCUCAGUUUGUGGCUCCGAAGGCAAUGAGGAGGAUCUACAAGGCAUCUCAGAAGUAUCCCGAAUGGAAGCGGAAGCACGAUCCCAAUUUGAAGCCGUGGGUGUUUCCGGAGCAAAACACGUUGCCGUGCGUCCGUUUGUCAGAGCUGACGCCGCAAGGCGCCGACUCGUUGGAAAACAUCGACGAGAGCAGCUUGAGUGAGGACAAGGCCAAGCAGAGCGACGACGACGACGACGAGACUUGAACACGUCCACUUUGUAACUUUCUGUUUUACCCUCUUUUGUUUGGCUGAGUGGAAAACUAUCAAAGUCAUCCUGAUUAUGCUCAUCAUAAUGAAUGUCAUUUUCUGUCCAGAAUCAUUUUUUGUUUGCUCCUAAAGUUAAAAAAAAAACAAAAAACAUUGUAACGAGUUGUCAAAAGCGCAAAAACUCCACAAGCACGUGUGCGCGUUGCUUAUGUAAUGUACGCUAUUAUAUGACCUUGAGUACGACCACCUAGUGGUAAGCACGUCUGCCUCCCAUUUCUGAGGUUUGUGGUUUGAAUCUCAGCUCCAGACUACCUGUGUGUGUUCUGUUGUGGUUUCUCCUUCCAUAUUCUACAAAUUCUUCUUCUUCUUUUCCUUUCGGCUUGUCCCGUUAGGGGUUGCCACAGCGCGUCAUCUUUUUCCAUCUAAGCCGAACCUUCUCCUGCGUCUUCCUCUCUUAACACCCCAACCGCCCUCAUGUCUUCCCUCACCACAUCCAUAAACCUUCUCUUUGGUCUUCCUCUCUCUCGCUCUUUUGCCUGGGAGCUGCAUCCUCAGCACCCUUCCACCAUGAUACUCCCUCUCUCGCAUCUGAACAUGUCCAAACCAUCGAACUCUGCUCUCUCUCACCAUGUCUCCAAAACAUCCAACUUUGGCUGUCCCUCCCUCUAAUGAGCUCAUUUCUAAUCCUAUCCAACCUGCUCACUGCGAGCGAGAACCUCAACAUCUUCAUUUCUGCUUCCUGUUGUUUCUUCAGUGCCACUGUCUCUAAUCCGUACAUCAUGGCCGCCCUCACCGCUGUUUUGUAAACUUUGCCCUUCAUCCUAGCAGAGACUCUUCUGUCACAUAACACACCAGACACCUUUCGCCAGCUGUUCCAACCUGCUUGGACCCAUUUCGUCACUUCCUUACCACACUCACCGUUGCUCUGGAUUGAGGAUUGACCCUAAAUAUUUGAAGUCGUCCAGCCUCGCUAUCUCUUCUCCCUGUAGCCUCACUCUUCCCCCUCCACUUUUGUCAUUCACGCACAGAUAUUCUGUUUUACUUCGGCUAAUCUUCAUUCCUCUCCUUUCCAGUGCAUGUCUCCAUCUUUCCAAUUGUUCCUCUGCGUGCUCCCUGCUUUCACUGCACAUGACAAUAUCAUCUGCGAACAUCAUGGUCCAAGGGGAUUCCAGUCUAACCUCAUCUGUCAGCCUAUCCAUUACCACUGCAAACAG